AUGUCUCACAAACAAACGCCAUAUAGUCCUAACUUUCCAUCUAGUCAGGGUUAUGCUCCACCAGCAGAAGGAGAAAAAGCAAAUGAAAGUUACCCUAUGAAUCCACAAGUUGGGUAUCCGGGACCACCACCUUCGCUACCCCCAGGAGCUCAACCAUUACCAGGAAUGCAGCAUGGAAUCCAACCAGGUUUCCAGCCUGGCUUUCAACCCGGAUUUGUGCCUGGCUUUCAGCAAGGAUAUGCUCAAGCACAUCCUGCAUAUCCACACGCACUGCCUGCUUAUCCUCAACCACAACCGGGAUAUCCACCUGCACCAAUUGUUCAACAGCCUGGACCAGGCCAAGCUCCGGGUGGAUGGAUGACUAUACCGCAAGGACUCAGCAACUGCCCUCCUGGUUUGGAAUACCUGUCUUUGAUUGACCAAUUACUUAUACAUCAAAAAGUGGAACUUCUGGAGGUGUUUAUUGGUUUUGAAACAAACAAUAAGUACACAGUUAAGAAUGCGUUGGGUCAAAAAGUAUAUUAUGCUGUUGAAGAUAAUGAUUGUUGCACAAGAAAUUGCUGUGGGCGAAUGCGUCCAUUUGAUAUGAAAAUCAUGGACAACUUUCAGAAUGAGGUUAUUCACCUAAAGCGCCCUUUGGCGUGCGAUUCUUGUUGGUGCCCAUGUUGGUUACAAAGCAUGGAAGUAACUGCCCCUCAUGGUACCGUCCUUGGCUCCAUAGAACAAGAGUGGUCAAUCUUUAAGCCCUGCUACGUCAUAAAGAACGCAACAGGAGAAGUUGUCCUUAAAAUCAAAGGGCCAGUUUGUACGCUAUCUAUCUGUGGAGAUGUACAAUUUAAUGUUUACUCGAAAGAUGGUGAGACCAAAGUGGGGAAAAUAACCAAACAGUGGUCGGGUUUGGCCCGUGAAGCCUUCACCGAUUCAGAUUAUUUCGGCAUCACGUUCCCAAUGGAUUUGGAUGUCAGGAUAAAGGCAGUUCUGCUGGGAGCAUGUUUUUUGAUUGACUUCAUGUUCUUCGAAAAGUCCGGUAAUCUAGAACAAGAUGGGCCAGGUAUGAUGUAA